GCAGCCAAAAGACCAGAAACCACGCGGGUAAGUGGGUAACUACCGCCUUUGUUGCCCGCGCCGCGCACGUUAGAUCGGAUCCGCCACUCAGUUUGAAACUGAAGUCGCUGGUUUUUUUCCUUUCUCUGUUUAGAACGGGAGAAAUACUAAUGGGUACCCAAUACUAAUUCUACUCCUGCAGUCCUGGGUGUAUUGUUCCUCGCCCAUUUCUGUUUCGGGCAUAACAAUAUAACAUGACAGAAAUAAGUGUAUUUUCCCUUCUUCGUAUUAUCUUUUUGACCCUGUAAGAUAUAUUGAAGUCGUUUAACGAAAGAAGCCUCUCUCUCUCUCUCUCUCGUUCAGCUUUUAACCGUGCCCCACGAUCGGGGGUGUCCUUUAUCGAGGUCGAGUCUCAGUCUACAAUACAAUACAAAUACACAAAGCACCAAAUCCCAUCAACAAAAACCCCUCCGACGCCUCUUUUCUCCUAAAUAUCUCUACAAUUCUCGAUUCUUCUUCCACCGUCUGAGCCUCCGAUCUAAUAAAAUCGUUGGAUUUUGAUCAGUAAAUCAUCGGAUUCAGCUAGUGAUCAAUUAAUUUCAAUCAGAAACCAUUGGAUUUUGAUCUCAUAGCGCUCAAUCGCCGUUUGCGCGUCGAACCGCGCAUUUGUUGGUAUUGGCUUUGCAUCGGUGUUGGUCUGUCGAUCGGUUUUCGAUCUGUAUCGGACGCUGAAUCCGGUGGAGUUUAAGAGGGAUGGAAGGAUUUAGAAGGAUAGCUUUCAGAACCUGAAGAUGCCCGGUCUAGUGCAGAGAAAUGCUCAAUUCAGCAAUGCUUCAUCUUUGUUAUAUUCGUCGUCGUGCUCCGCCGGAUCGGUAUCGACAAAUGGAAUCUGGUCGAAGCAUCGCGAUGACGUUACCUUCGAUCAGCUUCAGAAGUUCUGGAGUGAGCUACCACCCCAUGCUAGACAAGAGCUUCUCAGGAUUGAUAAGCAGAUGCUUUUUGAACAAGCUCGUAAGAACCUUUACUGCUCUAGAUGCAAUGGUUUGCUGCUUGAAGGUUUUUCACAGAUAGUCAUGUAUGGGAAGUCCUUGCAGCAGGAAGGUGUGAUUGGACACCUUCCCAGCAGCAGAGCAGGAGCCCUGAGAAAUCAGAAUGAUGGUGUAUUGAAUAUAAUGCCUUCAUGCUGCCAAGAUGACAUCCAAGAUCCAUCUGUUCACCCUUGGGGUGGUCUGGCUGCAACUCGGGAUGGGAUACUGACAAUUCUAGACUGCUUUAUAGAGGCAAAGUCACUCAAGCCACUGCAAAAUGUUUUUGACAGUGCACGUGCAAGGGAACGGGAGCGUGAAUUGCUUUAUCCUGAUGCCUGUGGUGGGGGAGGUAGGGGAUGGAUGAGCCAAGGAGUUGUUAAUUAUGGCAGGGGGCAUGGAACUAGGGAAACAUGUGCACUGCACACAGCCAGACUUUCUUGUGAUACUCUUGUGGAUUUCUGGUCAGCACUUGGAGAUGAAACUCGGCAAUCACUUCUACGGAUGAAAGAAGAGGAUUUUAUUGAGAAGCUCAUGUAUAGGUUUGACAGCAAGAGGUUUUGCAGAGAUUGCAGAAGAAAUGUUAUUCGUGAGUUCAAGGAGCUGAAGGAGCUGAAGCGCAUGAGGAGGGAACCUCGAUGCACCAGUUGGUUUUGUGUUGCAGAUACAGCUUUCCAAUAUGAGGUAUCUGAUGACACAGUACAUGCUGAUUGGCACCAGUCAUUCAUUGACAAUGUUGGAACAUACCAUCACUUUGAAUGGGCUCUUGGAACAGGAGAAGGAAAAUCUGAUAUUCUAGAAUUUGAAGAUGUUGGCAUGAAUGGAAGUGUUCAAGUAAAUGGCCUUGACCUUGGUGGUUUGAAUUCAUGUUUUAUUACAGUGAGGGCUUGGAAGCUAGAUGGCCGCUGUACCGAACUUUCUGUUAAAGCCCAUGCUUUGAAGGGUCAACCUUGUGUCCAUCGAAGGCUUGUUGUUGGGGAUGGAUUUGUUACAAUAACAAAAGGGGAAAGUAUCAGACGUUUUUUUGAGCAUGCUGAAGAAGCAGAGGAAGAAGAGGAUGAUGAUUCCAUGGACAAGGAUGGAAAUGAGCUGGAUGGAGAAAACUCCCGUCCCCAAAAGCAUGCAAAGAGUCCUGAACUUGCUAGAGAAUUUCUUCUUGAUGCUGCAACUGUUAUUUUCAAAGAACAGGUUGAAAAGGCUUUCAGGGAGGGAACAGCUCGUCAAAAUGCACAUAGUAUAUUUGUUUGCCUGACACUAAAAUUGCUGGAGGAACGUGUUCAUGUUGCGUGCAAAGAAAUCAUCACUUUAGAAAAGCAGAUCAAGUUGCUUGAGGAAGAAGAGAAAGAAAAACGUGAGGAAGAAGAGCGCAAGGAGAGGAGAAGAACAAAAGAACGAGAGAAAAAGUUGAGGAGAAAAGAGAGGCUAAAAGGAAAAGAAAGGGAUAGAGAAAAGAAAGGUGAUGAAACAAAGCAAAUUCCCACUGUUCCUGAGGCUUCCAUUAAAGAUUCAUCCCCAAGUGUUGAUGCCGAACCAAACAAAACUAUCAUUUCAGAGGAUGCAGUGGAUGCAGUUAGUGAAACUGGAGAUGAUAUGCUAGGCAUGCCUCCUCCAGAUGCUCAAGAUGAACAACCCUCAAAUGGGUCUGCCAUUUCUAAUGGGCCUAACCUGAAAAAUGAUAGUGCAAAACACACACACAAUGUUGCCGAGGGGGACCUCUGUGCCAAGGAUGGGAAUGGUUCAUUUACAAUUGAGCAUUCAAAAUCUUCUCGCAGGAAACUGAGGUUCAGGAAAGAAUUUCAAACUGACCUGGCUUCCAAGUGGUGUGAGAAGCACCGAUCUGCAGUUGUCUAUGACAGCAGAAUUCUUUUUGAUGAAUCUGAGCGAAAAUUUCGUGGUACAUAUACAGAAAAGCCUUCCAAGUGCAUUAAUGGAGUUAUCAGGCAAAGAGGCAAUACUACCAAGUUGAACACCAGAAAUUCUGGCCCUAGGCUGGGGGAAAAGUCUCACUGUUUCAACAAGGCACGUGAUAGGUAUGACUUCCAUUCCAUCAGCUGUAACCAACAUGGUGAUUACCGGUCGAAGGACAGUCAUCAUAUUUCUGUUAUCAGAUCCUGUCAGGAAAGCAAAUUUGUGUGCAAGUCAGAAUCUGCAUCAGAUAUGCCUAGGCCAUUCUUUCGCAACAAGUAUAAUUAUGGAUCUUACAUGUCUGAUAGUUGUGGAAAUCCAAAAAGCAAGGUCAUGUCAGGCAACAUUCCUCCAAGUCGAGAUUUGUUCCAUAUCAAGAAAGUAUGGGAGCCAUUGGAAGCACGGAAAAAGUAUCCCCGAAGCAAUUCAGACUCUGAUGUGACCUUGAAGUCGUCUACUUUUAGGGUUGAUGGAUGUGAAGGCAGUAGAUGUAAUGGAGAUGAGAUUGGAUUGCAGCAGCCUGAUAAUCUUCUCAAAUCAACAGAUGAGCUGUAUCUUCAUCAACUUUCUGGAAAUUCAGGAAAUGUUGAUGAUUCGGAUAAAGACCAGUGCCACAAGGAUAGAAAAAGGAAGGAAUCAAGAAAUUCCAGCCCAAGUAUAGAGGGCUGCCAGAACAGAUUUGGUUUGGGAUCAAAGGCCCCUUACUGCUCAAAGGAUGCUGCUGAUGAGGAAGCUGAAUUAUGUCCUUCCAUUGCUUCUUUUUCUAGGAAUGGUGCUUCUGAUCCUACUAUGAGUAGCACUUCCAGUUCAGAUAACUUUUCUUCAUGUCUUAGUGAAGGGGACAGCAGCACAGCCUCUUCAAGCACUCAAAAUGUAGAAUCAUUGUCAAUAUCAGAUUCAGAGGAUGCCAGCCAACAUUCCGAAGGGAGAGAUGCUUCAACUUGUGGUGGCAAUGGUUUUCAUAGUUGCCAGGAUGUUGGAGCAGAUGACCAGCAGAGCAUAAAUGGAGGGGGAUCUUUUACAAGUGGGACAGUUUCUGGGUUCCCAGUGGCAAGCUGUGCCAUAGGAAGCAAUUUUCCACGGGAACCACCAAUAAAAUGUUCCCAUACUUCUGAAAAUGGUAGAGUGACAGUUGAUAUGGGUUCUCAGCAGCACACUGUGCUUCCACCAAUGCCUAAUCAAAGCGUACAUUUGCCAGUGUUUCCAGCACCUUCAACUAUAGGGUACUACCAUCAAAAUCCAGCUUCUUGGCAAUCUGCUCCUGCUAACGGGCUAAUGCCAUUCCCCCAGCCCAAUGGCUACCUUUUUACUAGCCAUCUAGGGUAUGGUUUAUCAGCAAACCAGCCCUCACACUUCUGCAUGCAAUACAGUGGUCUACACCAUUUAAGAACUCCAGUGCUUAAUGUGGGCCAGUUUCCAGUCUAUCAGCCUGUUAACAGAGCUAAUAAUGCCAUUUCAAAAGAGCAGAACAAUAAUGCAAAACUAGUUGGAUCACAAGAAGCCAUUAAUGUGGCUGACAAAGUGGUAAAUGAACGUCCUCUUGAGACCACAUCUCCAAGUGGCCAGAAUCCAUCACAGACCCUGUUACACAAGGAAGAUCGGUGCACUGUGACCUCUAAAUUGAAUAAUGACAAUAAAAACUUUUCAUUGUUCCAUUUCGGUGGGCCAAUAGCAGUGGCCACUGGAUAUGAGUUGAAUCCAGUGUCCAUGAAAGAGGGAAUGGUUGGGAAUUUUUCUCCAAACUCACCAGCAGAUCCUGCUAUGGAUGAUCAUACUUGCACCAAGAAAGAGACAACUGUUGAAGAGUACAACUUAUUUGCGGCAAGUAAUGGGACAAGGUUUUCAUUCUUCUGAUUGUUGAGAAUUUGAGAGGCUGUUAGAAUUCAGUCCCUGGUCCCUUCUUUGGUUAUGAAUGAUUGAGCACUUGUAAUUCAUUAGAUAAGAUAAUAAUCAUCUUUGAGAAUUCCAAUUAUAGCUUAUAUUCUCCUUCAGAUGACUGUCAUUGCAAUUGUUUCUUACUUUUUCUUUUAUUUUAUUUCCCGUAGGGAGGAAAAGAAUUGCGAAAGUGGUAUAAUGCUUAAGGUUUUCCUGUAUGAGAAGGCUUUACUAUUAAUGAAGUAUAUGCUGAUAUUAAAUUGGGAUGUGCA